AUGGCGGGCAUCAAAGGAAACUUCCCUGUGGACAUCAAUCUUCCUCGACCAAUGUUGCUGGAAAAUACCAGCAUUGUCGAAGCGCCGACCCACCAAUCAUUCAUAGAGACUUUCGGAGAUGCUUUUCCAGACCCACAGUUCCUCACCUCAGAUCUCGGGAGAACCGCAGUUUACAACCUUUUCCCCUCCACGGGGCAAGUCAAACGCCGAGUCCUCUUCAUCCAUGGCCUGAACACUCCUGCGUUGGGCUUGUGGCCGCUGGCAAAAGAACUACGGGAAAUAGAACCAGAUGCACAUAUAGUGAUGUUUGAUCUCUGGGGUCACUGUCUGUCAUCGACACCACUGCUGGCACACACACCACAUAUCUUCCACUUGCAGAUCUUACAGGUGCUGGGAUAUAUGAAAUGGACCUCGGCGCAUAUCAUCGGCUACUCGUUCGGCGGCUCGACGGCUGUCAGCUUUGCCAUUAACAACCCUUGGUUGGCAGAGUCAGUUGCGCUCCUCGCACCUGCCGGUAUCAUGAGUAUGUCACUUAUCCCAAGCCAUAUGCAAGAACUCUUGAAGGACUCUAAGGACAGGGAGGAAGAAGCCCGGGAAGUCGUUCUUUCAUGGCUAGAAGGCGGUCCCUUGAUAGUGCCCGAGAAUUGGCGUACCGAGUCGGAGCAAGGCAAAGUUGUUGCUCAAGCCUUGAGACAUUGGGAAUUGCAGCACCACCAAGGUUAUCCGUAUAGUGUGCUAAGCAUGUUCCGAGAUGGUGGUUGUAUGGGAAUCGAGGAACGCUUUCGGCAAUUUGCGCGGCUGCCUUUCAAGAAAAUGGCAGCGCUGGCAGAAGAUGAUCCCGUUGCUAGCAAAGAGCAGCUAGUGGAGCUGGGUAUCGAGGAUGUCACGGUGGUUUCUGGAGGAGAUCAUUCUUUUGUAAGGGAAAGAGAGCACGAUGUUGCUGAAAUCGUGGCAGCGUUCUGGAAACAGUAG